ACGUUACUUAAUAUCGAUGGAAUAGAUGUAUCUCAUCCAACAUUACAACAUCCAAAAAUGGAUUAUUUGGCAUAUUUAAGAUAUGUUGACUUCAAUAUGGUGUAUCGUGCCGUACGCAUGUGGGUUAGCCAUCAAACAUUGAAUGAGCCUUUUCAUUUAGGGCUCAAGAAAAGACAAAGCAAACAAUCGAGUCGUAUUGUGGAGGAAUUAGGAAAACUUUUUACAAAUAGAUCUUCAUUAUAUAAAAUAUCACUUAACACCAGCGCUUUGGAAGACAUGCCGAAAGAUGAAGAACCGGAUUAUAAAUCAUGGCCAUGUUAUUCAGCACGCAAUUCAAUGA